AUGGACCCCGACUCGUUGACACUGGUCGUUUCAGUCAAGAAGGCUCGGCUACUCGGCUCCAGUGACGAAUUCCACUCGUACGUCACCGUCAAACUCCAGAAUGUCAAGUCGACGACGAUGGCCGUCAGAGGGGGGCAGCCACAAUGGGAACAGGAGUUUAUAUUCGAGACAAACCGGCCGGACGAGAGUAUGAACAUCGAGCUCUGGUCGAAGGGUGUACUGUGGGAUAAAUUGUUAGGGGUUGCACUGCUUCCGCUUCAUCAAGUGCAUUUCUCCGCACAACCUGGAGCAGGACAGUGGCUACAGAUUGAUGCUGCACCAGGAGAAGCUGAACUGCUCCAGUCCCGUCUCGACCAAUUGAACAGGUUGCAACUGGAGGUCGACGCCACGCUGCCGCCACGCGCACCCCUCAAUCAUUCGGGCUACUCUGAAGACAGCGACUACACGUCGGACGUCUCAUUCCCAAUCCAUCCAAACGCCGCCCAUCCCAAUUCGUCGGUCCAUCAGUGGGAUUCGCAUCUCCACCCCCACCGUCAACCCCAUCAUCGACAGACUGCCCAGCACGAUCACGUCAAAUUGCAGGCCUCGUACGAGGGUGACGAGGACGCGUACAAUGAGACGCGGCUCGACGCUGUCUAUGACACGGUGACCGGUGAGGACUACCUGGGCCACCCGUACGACUACGGAACCGAGGAAGAGGAACAUCACCAACAUCCCGGAUACGCGGUGGACGACGGUGUGGACGGACAACACCCCGAACCUAAUUACGCCCCGCACACCGCGGGGCGAAACAACCAUCGGACGAAUCGGGACGCUGAGGGUCGGUACGACUCGUACCGCAGCGAGGACGAGUCGACGUACAAGGGCGAGGGCACGAGAAGGGGAUACGAUGAGCAUUACGACUCCUCAACCUCAUACGCCCAUCACAACGAUCACGACGAGGACCCCUAUGGACACACUUCAGAAGUGGAAUAUCACCGUGAAUACCCUAGAAACCUUCGAGAAGCAUACCUCGAUAGCCCCACUACCCACACACCACAGAGCGACUACUCGCGCAGUGUAAGCGCCUCGGGUCGCCCUCCCUCCCACCUACAGUACGACUACGGGGCCUAUAACGGGUAUACGAGUACGGGGCAUACUGUUGACGACCAUCUGCCACAUCAACAAAACGGAUAUCGGGAAGAGGAGGAGGAGAGAUACAUCAGCGACGGCGGCAAGGGCUACACAGCCGAUUACGACACGUAUAACGAGGGUGCCUCGGAGACGAUGCAUAAUGAUGAGGGCAGAGGAAGCGCGACGUGGGCCGACUCGGAGCCGUUGUCAUACAAUAGCCGGCCGCCUAGAGCCAGUACAAGCCGAACAUACAACGAUCGGUAUGAUGAGGAUGAGUAUAUGAAUGAGGAGGAAGAGGAUAGAUUGAGGGCUGAGGAAGAGGCCGAGGAAAGGGUGACCAUCGUGGAGGAGCCGGCCCUAAAGGAGAAGAGGGAGAAGAAGGAGCUGCACGAUCUGUGGCACUGGGCAUAUCGACAAGUCUGCACGAAUCUUGGAUAUAAGAGCGUUGCCAAG